AUGACAGCUACAAAAUAUCUUCUGGUGAUUAUUUAAUAGAUCUCUAAUUAUAUGAACUCAAUUUUUGAUGAAAUUCAUGAGAAAGAACUUUAAAAAUAUAGGUAAAAAUUUGGAACUAUACAUUUUCAUGAUUGACAUUAAAUAGAAAGAAAGGAAUUCUUUAAUAAUUAUAUUGAUUAAGAACCAAAGACUUGUAAUUAAAGUCCAACUUAGUCUAGAUUGGAAAAGAAUAAAUUUUCUCUAUCUUUGAGUAAUUUAUAAACCUAAAGAUCACUUGUUUAGUCUUCUGCUAGAAAAAGUUAACAUGAAAGGAGAAGAGUUGUAAAUAGAUAAUCUUAAUAAAUUAUUACAAAUAAUAACAACGUUAAUUAUGAAUUUUCUUUUCCUAAAUGGAUUUUAGAAAAAAAUGAUUUAAAAAAAUGGAAAUCUCAUAGGUAUUGAAUCCAUUAUAAGGUUAUUAAGUGACUUCGAUAUAAAUUUAAAGAUUAUCUCAAUCUGCAAGACAGAAACAUUCAAAAGAGAUGCUGCUUAAAAAUAAAUAGUAGCAUUGUAUUUACAAAAAUUGAGUCUAUUCAAAUUAAUGCCUUUAAUGUUAUUACAAGAAUUGGCAGGUAGAUUAACGUAUAAAGAGAUUAAAUCUGAAUCAGAUUUAACAUUGUGUAAAGUAGGAGAUGAAGGGAAUUUUAUAUAUAUCAUUUUUUAAGGAACAGUAAAAGUGUUAAUAAAAGUAAAUGAAUAAAUAUUAAAAAUUUUAAGGAUAUAUGUGUAAAAGAAUUCCAUGAUAAUGAGCAUUUAGGAAGAUAAGCAUUAGAAGCAGAUGCUCCUAGAAAUGCAACUUUAAUUUGCACUUAAAAUGCUCAUAUUUUAAUUGUUUUUUGUUUUAUAUUCCAAGAGCUAAAUUUCAAGAUAUUUUUGAUGUGGAUGAUCAAAAAAGAUUCAGAGAAUUAUUUUUUUAAUUUUAUCACUACUUCUUAUGAUUAAUUAAUGGAAAUGGUAAAAUAAUAGGAUGAAAAGAAAAAGUUAAAAUACAAAACAAUUAAAGAUGCUUUAAUUGAAGGAUUAUAGAAUGUGGAUUAAUUACAAUUAUAAAAAGUACAUUAAUAUGGAUGAGUUUAGAAAACAAAAAAGUAUAAAGGGAUUUUAAAAAUGCCAGGAGUAGAUUGA